GUAGCUCCAUGAUGGCUCCAUGGUCGAUGGCACGCGCAGCGCACCUUGCGAGUCAUCCAAUCGGGAGCUCAAAUACCAAAAAUUUGUUGUCUGAUCAGCGUGUGAUCCUUAAGUGCUUCUAUAUUUAAAUAUGCGUGGAGUGUACAUUAUAGUCAUAUGGAAGUAUAGUAUUAAAAUACAAUUUAUUUAGUCGUGCACUUGACGUAAAUCAGCUGUUGCGGUUUCAUCCAAUCGAGAAGCUCAAGUAUUAGUAAUAGAAAGUAUUGUGAUGAAUACUAGUAUUAGUAAGUACUAGUAUGGAAUACUAGUAUUUUAAUAAUAAUAGAAGGUAUUUGUAAAUGCCACUACAGUGACGUCACUAUGGAGACGUUCAAGCUCCCGAUUGGAUGAAACUGCAUAUUUACGUCAAGUGCUUGGUUAAAUAAAUCCUAGAAUAAGCGCUGGCUGAGUAGCGCGUGAGUGAGAGGACCAGAGGACUUGCUUCAGGGCUGGUGUGGUUUGAUACAGCGAAGAGAGGUUAUGUGCGUGUUUCUGGUUCUAAUGACAGCUGUUGUAUUUUCAUGAGCAUUUCCACAGUAGUAGUAGAAUCGAUUUAAAAAUGCUUGAAAAGAAAGAUUGUUGUGAAUCUGUGUCCAAGUUUAUACAAGACAUAAAACAAAAAAAAAUCUCUGGAUCGUACAAUAUCGCUAUCAGCACUGUAGAAUUGCUAAAAAAAUUAAUUACUCAGACUGAAUGGAAAACAGCUGAAGAAUUAUUGAAAAUAAUUCAAGAUGAAAGUAAGCAUCUUCAUCAAAACUUGCCCUUAUAUCCAACAGUUGAAAGCAUGGUAGGUCGCAUUCUAAAGAUAAUUCGUGAAGAAUACAUCAAUGGUCGUGAGGAUCGACCAGAUGCAGGUGUAAUAGAGUCUCUCCAAAGACUAAUGCUUGCUGAAAGUCCUGCAGAGGAUUAUAAGUCAAUAGUACCAGAACUCCAGGAGGCUAUUCUUGAGCACAUUACUGAACUAGAAACAGAACUAGAAAAUAGUAUGUUUGAUUUCAGUGCUGACAACAUUGUCCAGCAAGCAUGUGAACAUAUCCACUCUAAUGAAAUUAUUCUGACAAUUGGAAAAUCAUCAUUAGUGGAAGCUUUUUUGAAAGCUGCUGCAGCCGAACGCAAGUUUGAAGUGAUUGUGGCAGAAUGUGCACCAUUUUGCUUGGGUCAUGAAAUGGCUGUUCGGCUGGCUCGAAGCAAAAUUGAGACAACCGUGAUAGCAGAUUCGUCUGUGUUUGCAUUAAUGUCUCGUGUGAAUAAAGUAAUUAUUGGAACACACACAAUCAUGGCAAAUGGAGGUCUGCGUGCUGUCUGUGGAAGCCACAGUGUUGCUCUUGCUGCCAAGCAUUUUUCAGUGCCAGUCUAUGUGCUGGCUCCCAUGUACAAAUUGAUCAAUACAUACCUAUGCUCCUAUGAUCAAGAUACAUUCAAUUGUUUUGUGUCUCCUGAAGGAGUUUUACAUUAUUCUGAUGGAGCCAUUUUGUCUAAGGUUCAUGUUUAUAAUCCUGUAUUUGACUAUGUUCCACCUGAAUUGGUCACACUGUUUAUCUCAAAUAAUGGAGGCCACGCACCAUCCUACGUGUAUCGAUUGAAUAGUGAGCUUUAUCGUCUAGAUGAUAAAUAAGGUGUAGGGUAACGUUUCAUAUUUGCCAAGUGGUUCUGCUACAGCUUCCAUCUUUAAACAAUCUUCUUUAUUUGUGUGUGUAUUAAUGUUGUCAGAAUUAAAGAAUAUUAAGAAAUACAAAGUCAUAAAUGUAAAUUCUGUCUUCAUUCUAACAGUCUUAAUUAACCAAACUUGACAAGAGUGGGAGCAUAAUGUGUAAAAACCUUUAUCCAUAUUAUACAUUCUUACUCUCUCAAAUAUGACCAACAAGGAGCCAAGCUUUGAAGACCUAGGUUUGAUUGUACGAUUAAAAUAUUUAGCUUUUUUCUUGUUUCCUGUACAAAGAGUAUGUUUGUUUUUUUGGUUUCUUUUCUCUCCGUUGCUUCUACUGAGACAACAAGAAUUUGUCCUUCUCUUCAGAUAAUUGUAUUGAAGUAUUAACAUGAUAAAUAUUCUUUAACAUCCAUUUCUAUGUGAUGAAAUUUGCCAAUGAACGUCAGUGGACAAUGAUGGAGUAUAAUAAGCAAAUCUACAAAGUCUAAUGACUUUUCUGAUUUUCUAGAGCAGAAAGUGAAUUUAUCUGUCAAACCUACAAUUUGUUGGUUGAUUACAUUUCUCUUGUGUUCUUGCCCUUCAAUUAAAGUUAAAAGCUGUAGAGGUCAAAAGCAUGAACAGCCUGCAAUACUGUGCUGAAGUGGAUUGAUGAAAGAGAGUAUGAUUUAAGGACUGUUGGCAGUACUGUCAUGGAAACCAUGCCAUAAGAAUUUACCGUGAUAAUAAAAUCACAAAAG